CAGCACGCAUCCAGUACUGCAUGGACAUAUUUCACUGGCUCACAUCUUCCACUCAUAUAAAAGAAAGGGAGCUCAGGCGAAAGACGCAGUCAGUCCCAGAAGCACCACCGUGCAUCCCAUUUCAGAAACCAAAGUCUGAUACACAUUCCCUUUUCGACAUCGCCAUCUUCAGCAGACAUUCACAUACAAGCACCCAGCCGCAGGAUCGCCAUCGCAAGUCAGGCCAUUUGAAAGACUAGAAGAAGUGCGCGAGGAUGCGCGGUUCAAGCACUCAGGAGAGCAUCACGAUGCAGCUGGUUAAACCGGUUGUCACAGCCACCAUUGCUGUUGUGCUUUGCAGCCUUACUUUCAUCAGUGUAGACGCCAGGUUUACGCCUUCACAUCGCAUGCACAAGAGAGCCACGACAGCCACCGCUACCAACUUUACGCUGGUCAAUUCUUACUCUGGAGACACCUUCUUCGACGGCUGGACCUUCUUCUCCAACGCCGACCCGACACAUGGAAUGGUGCAAUACACGACGCAGGCGCAGGCGCAGUCUGCGGGUCUGAUUGGAAUCCAAGAUGGGCGUGCGAUGAUGAAAGUGGCUGCAGAUGCAGAUACGGACGGUAACCGCCAGUCUGUCCGCAUCUCCACCGUGGACACGCAUACGCACGGUCUUUUUGUCCUUGAUGCCACGCAUAUACCGGUCGGCUGUGGUGUAUGGCCUGCUUUUUGGACACUUUCUGCCGAUCCUGGAUCUUCCGGCUGGCCUGUGGGUGGAGAGAUUGACAUUGUUGAGGGCGUGAAUGACUACUCUGCAAAUCUCGUCUCGAUACACACAUCUUCGGGCUGCUCACUGUCGUCAUCGUCCGCGUCUACGCUGGGCUACAGCGGCGAGCUGAUGCUGGGCAGUUCGGGCACGAGCUGCGACUCGCUGACGACCAACAACCAAGGCUGCAGCAUCAUGUCCACCACAUCCGGCGACUACGGUGUGCAGUAUAACGCCGACGGCGGCGGCGUGCACGCCAUGCUCUGGGACGCAGACGAAGGCAUCAGUAUCUGGUUCUUCCCCCGCGCGUCUAUUCCGUCCGACGUCUCCUCUGGCACGCCCGAUCCCACCGGCUGGCCAACUCCGACCGGCCGCUGGCCUGCGACGAGUUGCACCAUGAGCUCCUUCUUCUGGAACCAUGUGGCAAUCUUCACCAACACGCUCUGCGGCGACUGGGCUGGCGCUAGCUCCGUUUGGUCCACCGCCAUGAACGGCCAGACGCAGUCGUGCGCCGCCAAGACCGGCGUGGCGAGCUGUGCCGACUACAUGCACGGAAACAGCACCGAUUUGUCUGAGGCGUACUGGCUCAUCAACAGCGUCAAGAUUUAUCAGACGGAAAGGCUUGCAUGAACGGUCUGCCAGGCCGGCCUGCUCUCAGUAGUCAAUCAAGGUUACGUACGGUCAUUCAAGGGUGGACUGCAGACAUCCUGCGCUGGUUUUUUCGUUUCUACUCCUAGCAUAGAUGAACUGCUUCUACCACAUGCUCCGCUAAUUAGGACACGCUUCCUGCCAUUCUUGAUUGCUCUAUAAUAAUUUUUUCGCAUCUCGCAACUAAUAGAUAAAAAUUACCCUGCUCAGCGUCGAGCCGGGGCCAGGAAAAAGCUGCAACGCGCUGUGUAGAUGUAGCAUAG